CACCAUAACAGCCUGGUAGCAUCCGCCUUCACAUAAACUUCUCAAUGUAAUCUAUUGAUUUAAGCUAUCAUAGACAUUCAUUUUUAUUUCCCAGCAGUCUUACUCCCGAAGGAACCGCUAUAUAGCGUCUCAUAUGAGUUAAGCGAUUCUCUAGAGGGGUUUAUUGGCCUAACGGUAAUUUCUUGUUCUUCUUCAUUGAUCGCUGAAAAAUACCACAAAAAGACCAAUUUUUCGACUAUUUCGUUCGAGAUAUUCACUUUUCCCCUGAGGCUUAAUUGAGGACCUACUUACAGUUAAUACAAUAUUUUCUUACAAACAUACUUUGCAUUGAUUAUCAAUAUUAAUUGUACUGUUGCUAUUAUCAAUAUUAUUAUCAAAUAUGCAAAAAUGUCAGCUAUGACCUAGCAACAAGUGUAUUCAAUUUCUACUUGCUUACCUACUUAAACAUCUAUCGUUUUCGACAUUCAUUCAGGCGUGGAGUGCGUUUCUGCUUCUUUUUUCUUUACUGUUCAUAUAUAUAUCGAUUCGAUGGAUUUAUAUUUAACUGACAUUGCUAUCCCAGAGGAUUCUGAGAUCUAAUAAACACUGAUUUGCAAAUCUAUUCAUAUACAUAUACACAUACAGAAAGAAACGUCAACCUGACUCAAUUUAUCGAUUUCUGUUAUUGUUACUGAAAAAGGUGAGUGAAAUCUACUUUGACUGAUUGACUGUGUUCAGUACAUUAUUCAGUGUAAGUGCAAUGGCCACGACAAUGAGUUUAUCUACAAAUAUCGAUUUAUCAUCACGUGGACAUGAUAUUAUGAUGCAAGGGAAUAAUAACCCAUUAGAUCAAUCUAUUACACCACAGUUAUUCACUCAAUUAGGACGUGAUUCAGGCGACUUAUGCUCGCACUUAAAUAUGGUUGAUAAACAUUUAACUAAUUCUGGUUUUCCGUUUAUACCACACUCACAAUAUUCCCUACCGAGUCAGCUGACAUCAAAUUCACAUUUAAUCAAUACACCAAAUCAAUCAAAUUACUUUACACAAUCUACACAUUUGUCUGCAGCAGCUUGUGUAGGUAUGUUACAACAACAGCAUCAUAACCAACAAAAUCACAACCAACAUCAUCAGAGUUCAGAGUUGAAACGUGAUGAUUAUGAAAUGUUAGGCAUGUCAACAGAUCCAACUAACCAGUUUGGUUUGGUACGUUCAUGGAUAGCACAGCAACAACAACAACAGAAUCACCUUCAACAUAACUCUUCAGAUUGUACUGUUUCAUCAGCAGAACAACCCAACUUUUUACAACAACAACAGAAUGUAUCGAGUCAUUCUCACAAUUGUUUUAUGAGUCAAUCACAAAAUAAUAAUUAUUAUCAAAUCUUACCAAUAUCACCGAUUUCAGGAGGUAAUCUGAAUAACACUAUUAAUACUCGCAAUAAUAGUAGUGGUGGAGUGGUAUCAGCCUAUUCAGCUGUUGCAGCUGUGCAUCAGCUAACUCAAAUGAGUCAUCAAGUGGUUGGGGCAAUUAAUAAUCACCAACAUAACAGUAGCAGUAAUGACAACGAGAAUAACUCAGCUAGUUAUUUAUUCGAUAGUUCAACAGGUUCAAUAAUUAAUUCACAUGCUUCAUUCAACAACAGAGGAUUACCGAAUCAAGUAAAUAGUGGGACAAGGUAUGCACAUAGUACACCUGGAAUGGAAGUAGCGUGGGCUCGUUUUGAAAAACAACCACCGAACAAUUUACGUAAAAGCAAUUUUUUCCACUUUAUUAUUGCGCUUUAUGAUCAGAAUAGACAUCCAAUUGAAGUAGAACGUGCUGCAUUUAUCGAUUUUGUUGAAAAGGACAAGGAGCCUGAAGGCGAAAAAACCAACAAUGGAAUCCAUUAUCGUAUACGUUUACUAUUUUCAAAUGGUGUUCAACAAGAUCAGGACUUAUACAUUAGACUGGUUGAUUCAUCCACAAAGCAGCCUAUCGCUUAUGAAGGACAAGAUAAAAAUCCUGAAAUGUGUCGAGUGUUACUUACUCACGAAGUGAUGUGUAGUCGAUGCUGUGAAAGAAAAAGUUGUGGUAAUCGAAAUGAAACACCAUCUGAUCCUGUAAUAUUAGAUCGGCAUUUCCUCAAAUUCUUUAUGAAAUGUAACCAGAAUUGCCUAAAAAAUGCUGGAAAUCCACGAGAUAUGAGACGAUUCCAAGUUGCAAUAUCAUCAACGCAUGCAAUUGAACGUAAAUUACUCUGCAUAUCUGACAAUAUGUUUGUACAUAAUAACUCAAAGCAUGGACGUCGUAUCCGUAGGACGGAUUCUACUGACGGUGCAUAUUCAACCAUAAGUCCGGUGAUCAAAGCACUCAGUCCUAAUGAAGGAUGGGUUACGGGAGGUGAAACGAUUACUGUGAUAGGUGAAAAUUUUUUCCCCGGUCUCCAGAUCGUAUUUGGAUCAACUGCUGUAUGGGGUGAACUGAUAACACCGCAUGCCCUUCGUGUUAGCACUCCACCAAGACAUUUAUCUGGAGUUGUCGAGGUUACACUGGCAUUUAAAAACAAAACAUUUUGUAAAAAUAAUCCGGGUAGAUUUGCCUAUAUUGCUAUGACAGAUCCCACGAUUGAAUAUGGAUUUCAAAGGCUAUGCAAGAUUAUACCACGACAUCCAGGUGAUCCAGAACGUCUACCACGUGAAAUAAUAUUAAAACGUGCAGCAGACCUAGCUGAAGCUUUAUACACAAUGCCAAGUCGUGGUAUGGGAUUCAGAUCACCGCCAGCACUACCAACACAACCACCCUCAUCGUCAUCUUCCGUAAUAUUUUGUACAGGUCGAGAACAACAACAACUGACGAAUAGUAGUCGGAAUUUGGAUGGCCGUUGUACACCUGCCUCAAAAUUUUCUCCAACGGACGAUAAUAACAGGAACACACACAGUCGUAAUAUUUCAUUGCGUCCUCAUGUGCCACCAGUGGAGACGGAGUCAAUGAACAGUUUCUUAGCCUUAACAGCUCAUAGUGCCAUAAAUUUUUAUCCCUACGGAACACCGCCAACAGGAUCAUUAAAUGUACCAAGUCUGGAAAUAAAUGAAAACCGUGAUUCUUUAGUUUUGCAUGAUCCAAGAAUAAUUCAUAAAACCUUCUAUUCUACUGAUGCUAAAGAUUUGAAGAGUUCCUCACAGUGUACGACAACAGGCGUUACAACACAUUUAAUGCGACCUAACUCAGAUUCCACAUCAGUUAUAAAUGAUGAUGUUAUUAGUAUGAGUCAAAAUAGCCCAGGAAGUGGUGGUGUCAGUAGUAGUGGUAUGGAAAGUAUCCAAAGUGACAUCAAUUGCUUAGAUAAUGUAAAUAACUAUUCACCACGUAAUUCACAGAAUAAUGAGGUGGACAGUUCACCGAAUAUUGGAUGCCAUCGUGAUCAAACCCAUCCUCACUCAAACCGUCAAUCAAAUCUUCACCAACCACAUCAUCGUGAAUUCUGUGAGAAUAAUAAAAAUGAUGAUAAUGACAAUGGGAAUACUCAUACAAAUGAUAAUGAAUCCCGUUUAUUAAUAGAAGGCAAAAAAAUAAAAAUUUCAAAUAUCUAUACGACAUCUAGUCACCAUCAUCAACAUCACCAUCCAUUGAAGAGAUUACGAUGUGAUUGGUUGGUAGAGGAGAAAAAUAGUGAUGAAGGUAAGCGACAACAAAUGUGUAAGAACAAGCUGACAACUGAUACACCUCAAACUAUUCCAAGAAAUAUAGCACCAUUUCUAAAACAUAUAAAUGAUGAAGUGAACUGUACUACUAAUACUACAUCUGAAGUUAAUUCAUCUAGUUCAUCAAUAAACUGUGUUGAUAAACAGGAAAUGUCCUCAUGCUUUUCAUCAGUACUGAACAACUCAUAUACAUCUCAUGCGAAUAUGUUGAAUCCUAGCGACAGACUAUUGAAAUCGGUUCAUUCAAAUGAAAAUUGUGAGUACAAUGAACAUGUGGUCCAGACAAGUAACAAUAUUUCCCAAUCGAUUUGUCCUCAGACAACGUCCUAUUCAAAGUUCAAUAAAUUACCUUCAGGUUGUGAGAACAAAGAUCGACAACAUACUCCUCUUUCAAAACUGAACUCUCGAUUACACGGUGGAAAUCUAGUGUCAAUAAAUGAUGGUAAAACUACAGAUAUAAGUUUAUGGAGUGGCUCAUAUAACUUACAGCCUGGUCAACAAACUUCAGCUUCACUGAUUUAUUCUGCGGAUAGCUACAUUAGUCAUAAUGUAGAGCCGAACUUCUCCUUGUGUUCUACAACAGAAUCACCGUUAUUAUCUUCAGCAAUCUCCAUGUCAUCAUCUCUCCCGACAACAGUGCCGACUAAUAGUAUAUUAAAAACAAACUCUUUACAGUCUAGUCGAGAAUAUUAUCUUCAUUUAUUGACCAGAUCAGAAAUGAAUGAAGCUUCGAGAUCAAAUGGCCAAAUAAAUAGUCAUCUAUCUCACUCAGUGGCAUUGCCAACAUCCUCACCAUCGUCUACAUGUAUUCAAGGCUCCAAAGAUAAGGUUAUAACCUUUUGAUGGUCAAGAAAAUCAUAGCAAUGAUCAGCAGAAUCAGUAGCAAAGAACACUCCGAAAUCAGUCUGAAGAAAAUAAAUACCAACAUCCCACUGGAUUCAGUUUGCUUUCUUUUUCAGUAAAUCAUUUUUGUCCUCAGCUAAAAUCAUUCCUCAUCUCAUUGUUCAUAGUAAAAAAAUGUCUAAUGUAGCAAUAGUGAAUUCAUGCUACUCUACAUUGCACACUGUAGUAUGGCAGUGAAACUAAUAUAUAUAUAUAUAUAUAUAUA